GCUUAGAAGAGCCUACAAGCGACGUCUUUACUACUAUUGAGGAGGAGAGGCUGCGGCAUGUCACUCUACACCAUAGCGAAGACACCCCUAUGUUGAGUGGCACGGGGUUGGAAUCAUCGACUAACGAUGCACCACCAAGCGGCAGUCUGGACAAA